UCAGCGUCUCCUUAACAUAGUGUUCCGUUCAAAGAGCAUUUUCUCUUUAGGGACACAGGGUCUGUCAAAAAAGACAGAGCAGCCUCCUCAUAGUGUCGACAUGGUGAGCCAGGAAGAUUUGUUGAUUGGAAAGAUCUGCGACCUCUACGACGAGAUCUCCAGCCUCAAUAGUCUCAAACCCUGCGAGAAUGUCGACACCCUUUUUACCCAACUCGUCCUCACAUGCAUACCACCCAGCCCUAUUGAUGUCACCAAGCUCCCCAAAAGCCUUCAAGAGAUUCGAUCCAAACUCAUUCGACUCUGUGGCCAGGCCGAAGGCCUUCUCGAGAGCCACUACUCCACCAUCCUCGGCUCCUUCGACAACCCUCUCCGCCACCUCCACAUCUUCCCUUACUACUCCAACUACCUCAAGCUCGGCCUCCUUGAGUUCACCAUCCUCACCCAGCACUGCACUCGCGUCCCUUCCACCAUAGCCUUCGUCGGCUCGGGUCCUCUCCCUUUCACUUCCAUCGUCCUGGCCUCCAAUCACCUCCCCACCACCACCUUCCACAACUAUGACAUCGACCCACAGGCCAAUUCCAUGGCCCUCCGCUUGUUUUCUUCUGAUAAUGAUUUGUCCAAGCGCAUGGUCUUUCACACCAGCGAUAUCUUGGACGUGACCAAGGACUUGGAAGAGUAUGAUAUUGUUUAUUUGGCGGCUCUCGUGGGGAUGGACAAGGCGGAGAAGAAUCGGAUCAUCGAUCAUCUGGCCGAGUACAUGGCUCCGGGAGCGCUUCUGAUGCUGAGGAGCGCCCAUGGGGCUCGUGCUUUCCUGUACCCUGUGGUUGAGCCCGGCGAUCUUCGAGGCUUCGAGGUGCUCUCCGUGUUUCAUCCGACGGAUGAGGUUAUCAAUUCCGUGGUCAUAGCACGGAAGUAUCCCCUGCCUCUACACGGCUCGCAUGAUCAGCAAAGUCUUCCGAACAUGAUAUUACCCAACAAGUGUUCUGAAAUACAGGUCUUUAAUCCCCUCAUCAACCAUGGCAAUAUGAUUGAGGAGUUGACCGUUGAGGAACAGCUAUCGUGACUCUACGUCUCUCUCUCUCUCUCUCACUGCCUUCAUUUCUCUGGCUAUAUGUCAUUGGAGUCUCUCUACAUGGAAUUAUUGGGUCAUGUGGUGGCUAGCCAGAAGCUUAGUUUAAUUUUCCUGCAACAUAUGAUAUCUGUAUCAUCUGGAUGUUGUCAUUGGUGCAAGCUUCAAGUUGAUCAUCACAUCCCUUUGAGAUACUAGCAUCACCGUAACCUGAUGAAGGAAGUGGUAAAAAAUUAUCUUCUUGUUUUCACUGUAAUGGUUCAUCAAAUCAUCAGUGUCGUGCCUGGAAUAAAAUGCAAGUCGACUUGUCUAAUACGAAGUUAUUUAUAUUUU